GGAAGGUGGGGCGGUAGCGGCGGCCGGUUCAUGGCGCGGCGCGGGCGGGGGAGCCGGAGCCGGGGCUGAGCGCCUUUCCGUCCAUGGAACCCGCCCCGGCGGCGGCGGCGGCGGCAGCAGCAGCAGCAGAAGCAGCACCACCAGCAGCAGCAGCCGGCGAAGGCGUGUUGGCGGAGGACGAAGAGGAGGUGGAGGCGCCGCCGGUCAUCUACACCAUGGAGAACAAGCCCAUCGUCACCUGUGCUGGUGAUCAGAAUCUCUUCAGUUCUCUGUAUCCAACACUUUCUCAGCAACUUCCUAGAGAGCCCAUGGAAUGGAGAAGGUCUUAUGGGCGUGCUCCUAAGAUGAUUCAUCUGGAAUCUAAUUUUGUACAAUUUAAAGAAGAGCUACUACCUAAAGAAGGGAACAAAGCUCUUCUGACAUUUCCCUUUCUCCAUAUAUAUUGGACAGAAUGCUGUGACACAGAAGUAUACAAAGCUACAGUAAAGGAUGACAUCACCAAGUGGCAGAAUGUUCUGAAAGUUCACAGCUCUAUGGAUUGGUUAAUUGUAGUGGUAGAGUGUGAUGCCAAGAAAAAAAACAAAACGAACAUACUUCCCCGAACAUCUAUAGUAGAUAAAAUAAGAAAUGACUUCUGUAACAAGCAGAGUGAUAGAUGUGUAGUGCUAUCUGACCCCUUGAAAGACUCUUCCCGCUCUCAGGAGUCCUGGAAUGCCUUCUUGACAAAACUCAGGACCCUGCUUCUCAUGUCUUUUACCAAAAACCUUGGCAAAUUUGAGGAUGACAUGAGAACUUUGAGGGAGAAGAGGACGGAGCCAGGAUGGAGUUUCUGUGAAUAUUUUAUGGUCCAGGAAGAAUUGGCCUUUGUCUUUGAAAUGCUGCAGCAAUUUGAGGAUGCCCUUGUGCAAUAUGAUGAGCUGGAUGCCCUGUUCUCCCAGUAUGUUGUCAACUUUGGAGCUGGUGAUGGGGCAAACUGGCUGACUUUUUUCUGCCAGCCGGUGCGAAGCUGGAAUGGGCUGGUUCUUCGUAAGCCAAUAGAUAUGGAGAAAAGAGAACUGAUUCAGAACCAGGAAGCCACUCUGUUAGACCUGCGCAGUUACCUUUUUUCCCGCCAGUGCACAUUGCUGCUCUUUCUCCAGAGGCCGUGGGAGGUAUCUCAGCGAGCUCUAGAACUUCUCCACAACUGUGUGCAAGAGCUAAAGCUCCUUGAAGUCUCUGUUCCUCCUGGCGCUUUGGACUGUUGGGUCUUCUUGAGCUGCUUGGAGGUUUUGCAGAGAAUUGAAGGUUGCUGUGAUCGGUCUCAGAUUGAUGCCAAUGUCUCCCACACAGUCGGCUUAUGGAGUUAUGCCACUGAAAAGUUGAAGUCCCUGGGUUACCUAUGCGGACUUGUGUCAGAAAAUGGGCCCAACUCAGAAGAUCUUAAUCGAACAGUUGAUCUUCUGGCAGGACUUGGAGCUGAACGCCCUGAAACAGCCAAUACAGCACAAUCUCCUUAUAAGAAACUGAAAGAGGCCUUAUCAUCUGUAGAAGCUUUUGAAAAUCACUACUUAGAUCUUUCCCAUGCCACUAUUGAAAUGUACAAAAACAUUGGAAGAUCUCGCUCAGCAAAGCUUGUUGGAAAGGAUCUGGCAGAAUUUUAUAUGAAAAAGAAGAGUCCUCAAAAGGCUGAAGUCUACCUUCAAGGAGCAUUGAAAACCUACCUUGCGGAGGGAUGGGCAUUGCUUAUUACGCAUACACGGAAGCAGCUAGCAGAAUGCCAGAAACACCUCGGACAAGUGGAAAACUAUCUACAAACAAGUAGUCUUUUAGCUGCUGAUAAUCACUUAACGGAAGAAGAGCGCAAACACUAUUGCCAAGAAAUAUUAAAUUUUGCCAAACAGCCCUCAGAAGGUGAAGAUCAGAAAGUUUUACUGUCCAUGCAUUCCUUUGCACAGCUGAAGAACCUGCAUUUUGACCCUCCUAAUGCAGUGGUCCAUGUGGGUGGAACAUUGUCUAUUGAACUGACGUUGGCAAAUCAGAUGCCCAUCGCGGUGAAAGUGGAUCAGGUUGCUAUUAAUAUCCAUUUCAGCAUUGAAAAAAAUAGCUACCGGAAGACAGCUGAGUGGCUCACAAAACACAAGACUUCAAAUGGUAUUAUCAGCUUUCCAAAUGAGGUUGUAGGUCUCUCUCUAUCAAGAAGUAGCUUGCCGAUGUUGGAGUUGUAUGAGAUGUAUGAAAGGAGCCCCUCGGAUAAUUCCUUGAACACAACAGGCAUCAUCUGCAAAAAUGUGCACAUGCUGUUGCGAAGGCAGGAGAGCAGCUCUUCUCUGGAAAUACCCACGGGGCUAACUCUGGAGGAUGGUGCCCACGUUUUAAAAUGUAGCAACUUAAUACUGGAACCAGGGGUCAAUAACAUAACUUUCAGAACCCAGGGCAAGGAUCCUGGAACAUACACACUCAGGCAGUUAUGCAUUUCAGUGGGCAAAAUGCAGUUUGCCCUUCCUCAUAUUUACCCAAUAGUGCAGUAUGAUGUUUACUCUCAGGAACCACAGCUAAAAGUGGAGCCAUGUACUGACAGCCUUUUGGCUGGGAUUCCUCAGAAGGUAAAAUUUACAGUGACUACUGGCCAUUAUACCAUAAAGAAUGGAGAUGCGCUCCAGCUAAGUAAUGCUGAUGCCAUGCCAAUUUUGUACCAUCCAGAGAGUAAAGCUGUGAUUUACUCAAACACAAAGGAAAAGGCAUCGGAAGUAUCUCUAAUGAUCCAGUCGUCUGAGAAAAUUACAAGCAUCAGCUUACCAGUGGCUCCUGCUUACCACGUGAUUGCCUUUGAACUCGAAGUCUUGUAUUUACCAUCAACCUCAGUAAGUGUGCUGGAGAAUGAGAACCUGGCUAGCAAAGAGCUUCAGAAAAAAAGCAAAGAGGAGAUGUCUUACAAUCAUAUGGCUACAAUUGACCAAAAAGUAACCAUUGAUUGUCCGUGGUCAAUUUACUCCACCAUUAUUGCACUUACAUUCAGUAUACCCUUUACGGCCAAACAUUCCUUGUUAUCAGCAGGCAAAAGGAAAUACAUACAGGUUUGCAUGCAGAACAUGUCAGAUAUCUCUUUUAAGUUAUCUGACAGUAGUCUUAAAAGUUCUGGCAUUUGCACAGAUUUAAGUCUUAAUCCUCUAAACUCCAAAGCUGAACAGCAUAUCUACACUAAACAAGCAGUAUUCUUUGUAUGGGAGCUGAAGUGGACAAAAGAACUUCCCUCAUCUUUGCAAUGCCAGUUUUCAGUGAACUUUUGUUCAGCGCCUUCUGAAGAGCACUCACUUUCUCUGAAGCCGUACACUUACGAAUUCCAGCUGGAAAACGUUUUUACAUUAUAUAAUGUGAAAGCUGAGAUUUCCCCCCCAUUGGGGGCAGAAUAUUGUAAAACAGGCUCGUUGUGCUCACUGGAGGUGUCGAUCACCCGCCUUUCAGACCUCCUGGAUGUGGACAAAGAUGAAGCAUUGACGGAAACUGAUGGUUACUGCACAACAAAGCUAAUGUAUGAAGUUGUAGACAAUAGUAGUAACUGGGCAGUCUGUGGGAAGAGCUCAGGGGUAAUAUCUAUGCCAAUUGCAGUUCGGGCAACCCACAAAGUACACAUGGAAGUCAUGCCACUCUUUGCUGGAUACCUCCCUUUCCCUGAUGUUAGGCUAUUUAAAUACCUCCCGCACUACUCUGCUCACUCUAUGCAGCUCGAUGCAGAUAGUUGGAUCGAAAACGAUAAUCUCUCCGUGGACAAGAAUAUGGAUGAUCAAGCUGACAGCAGCAGCAUAAAGAGCAGAGGCAGCAUACAUUCAGCAGCCAGUGCAGAACACAAAGGUUUACCAAUGCCUCGGCUGCAAUCGUUUUCACCUGGACAGGUCUUCAACUCCAGCUCUGGCAUGCAAAUCCUUGUCAUUCCCAGCAAGGAUGAUCACAUUCUGGAGGUCAAUGUCACAUGACAGCUCUCUGUACAUGUGCAUGGACAUGCACAUGAGACUUGAAAAUGAAUGCACUUUAAGGGAUCAUAACCUGAUUGUUCUUCAUUUGAAACAUUCUAACGCUAACGAGGCCUAUGGCAACUCAACACUUACUGGCCCUGGAAGCAUCAGACAAUUGUAUCAAUUUAAAUGUACAGUGAUGCUUGUGUCAGCUAGUUUAUAUUGCUAUUUUAGGGUGUUUGUGUAAAAUGAAUUUUGGGGUCUCUCUCUCUCUCUCUCUCUCUCUCUCUCUCUCUCUCUCUCUCUCUCUCUCUCUCUCUCUCUCAUCCUGCUGGUGAAAUAAAGGAUACUUACUGCAGUUUUCUCUUUAUUUUCAGCAGCUUCCAGAGCUGCUAUUUUUUCCAGGCGGAGUAAUUAAAUUUCUGUUCAAAGAAAAUUUCAGGUUGACAUACAAUAAGCCUUGCAGUGUAGCUGUUAAUGACUGAAGUGUGUGCCUUUCUGGUCACACAACUGUUUGGUUUCCUGGACCAGGAUAGCUAUCCAAAUUUCUGUAUAGAAAUUCUUAAUCCUACAGCUAUCAACAGGAUUUUAAAUAUGUGUGUAUAUUUUCUUGAGGACUUAACUUCUUCUGUGCCUUGGGAUACAUAUGAAACUUAUUAGCCCACUCACACUCUUGAAUGCAUACCAUAUAGAGAGGCGUUACUUAAGCUCACUGGGGAAACACACAUACACCAGGAAGCAAGUAAUGAAGUGGCACAUAAGUGGUUAAGUUGGAAGUAAAGUUUCACUGAACAAGCUUUCCCCCAAGUUUGAUAUUUAAAUUAUUUAAGGUUACUAUAUUGAGUCUCACUAUAUAGCUUUCAUUCAAUAUUUCACUUGAUAUUUUUAAAACCAAAGUUUAUUUGUUUCUCCUGUCCCAACUACUGUUAACUUAUUAUUGACUACAGAGCCAUAUAACUAUAUAUAUAUUUGCACCUUAUUCUAAAGUAAUCUGAGAAGAAGCAAAUAAAGCCAAGGGUUACUUGACUGCUUUUCCAGUAUGGUUAUUAAGUUCCUACUAUUGAACCUCUUCUGGUCCAGCAAACUGCAGUUACACCAUUCCAACUGAUUACUUUCAGUUGUAAAUUUAUUGUACAAAUGGUUAUUUAAAAAAAAUCUAAACUAAACUGAUAUAAUGUCUGUGUAUAAUUUGCUCCCAGAAUCAAGGACGAAAUAAAUGUCUUUUUAUUGGUGUGAAAAUCAAAGCUUGUAAAUAAGUCUAGUGCAUAUAACUUUUUCCAGCUCUCAAACUGUAUUUUUGUACAUACCACAUUUCCGUAAAACUUGUGGCUACAAUCCUAGCUGAUGUUACACAAUAAUUCUCUUCUUGCAACAUAUGCAGCCUCUUGGGGAACAGCCUUUGUUGUAUGAACAAGCGUUGUAGGAACACUGAGAAUUCUUGGUUCUUUCCAUAGCUUUUUAAUAUCUUUGAGGCAGGAGGCAGUAGCAAACCAAAUUUGAAUUCUGAAAAAGUCUGGUGUGUAUUUUCCAACACUGCGUGUAUCUGUUAAUUCUUGAUUUACUUUUCUCAUGUCUUAAGAGCAAAUGAGGUUUUAUUUUUAGAGGGAGCAAAAAACAAGCACCAUGAAUUUGCCAGUACAGUGGUGCCUCGCUAGACGAAUUUAAUUCAUUCCACGGGUCUUUUCUUAUAACGAAAAAUUCAUCUAGCGAAUCCCAUAGGAAUGCAUUUUAAUUUUUUUUGAAUUUUUUUGCCCAUAGGAACGCAUUAAUUGAAUUUCAAUGCAUUCCUAUAGGAAACCGUGAUUCGUUUUUCAUAAAACGAAUUCGUCUAGUGAGGCAACCUCCACUCGAAAAAUCCUUUCGUUAAGCGGAAAUUUAGUUAAGCAGGGCAUUCGUUAAGCGAGGCACCACUGUAUUUGGUUUUGAAAGUUAAAGUAAGUUGAGUUUUCUUUUUGGAAUUAGAAACAUACACUUGUAUUUGGACACUUCUUUUCUUGGAGUUAUAAUAGGAGGUUGGCUGACUGUCUCUUUGUGUUUAAUUUACUUUAAUUAAGUUAGGGAAAAAUGUCUGCAACCCCUUAAACGUUUUUCAACAAAA